CUGAGACCAAAUGGAAGCGUUGGAUGUUUCAAUGUCCUCGAAGGAGCCGAUGUAUUGCACACUGUGGAGGUAAAAGUGCAAGGAAUCAAGUCUACUUGCCAAUCACACACUCACUUCUAUGCCCGUGACUACGACUUGCAACAUCAGUACUCUCUUCGUUGUGCAGGAGCCGGAAGUUGCGUGUCAGCGAAGUGUUCCAAGACAACAUUGCAAGAUACUAUCGAAGAACUUUCGCUCGAUUCAAGAAAAUCUCCUGGAUUCACUGAAUGCUUCGAAGGAUGUGGAUGCGUCACUUGCGGAGGAUGUUUUCGAUGCGACAGUAGCUGUCUCUUCAAUAGAUUCUACGCUACGACUGUGGACGUCACCAUCAGUAUCGGAAGCAAAGUUUGGAAUGUGGGUAUCCACCAUGGAAUUCCUUACAAAAUUCCAAGCACAAAUGUUUCCGUUACCAUCACUGGUUUUUCCACUCCACCGUCACCAAUCCAUGGAGCAACAUUCAUCAAAAGAACUGAUAAUAGUGGACGAGAAGCUUUUGGUUAUUCACAGACCACCGUGGCAUCAAGUGGAUAUCCAUCAAAAGGACUCAUUGGAGAAUUGCAAUGCGCUACGAUGGACGAUGCCAGUCAAUUCAACUGCCAGUUCGACAAAUCAUUGUGCACUUGUAUGGGACAAGGCACUUACGUGGAUUGUCUUUGCAAGAGGAUUUCGUUGGAAGACAUUGUCAAGAGGACUUCAUUGCCAAGACGAGAAACGGAUACGAUCAUUCGGGUGCAUGAAGGAGCAGUGACCACGUCAGCUGCAACAACUGCUUUGGUGAGCUUGCAGCUCAACUUCGCAAAUCAAAUCAUCAGGCGUGCCGCUCGGGAGGGUGCUUGUAAAGCAGCAUCACAGGAAGUCGUGGGCUGCUAUUCUUAUAGCGAGGGAGCCACCGCCAAGACCGGAGUCAUCAAUGAAGUGUUCUUAUACACUUCGAGUGCUGAUCUCAAUUGGGAUUGUGAAGUUUCAUGCGGGAAUGGAUCAAGCUCAAUUACGAUGCGAGGACAGCUACAGGACCAACUUCGUUUCGAGAAGAAGGAGUAUGGAACAGAUCGAGAACAGAGUGUCAUCUUCGAUUCAAUUGGCACUCAUCUUGCGAAUGCGGUAACUACGGUUUUUGGAGGACUGCUCAAAUAG